AUGGCUGUCUCUGAACAUGUGGAGAAUGCUGGCGUUCAUUCUGGUGAUGCAACACUUGUCACACCCCCUCAAGACCUCAACGAAGAAACUCUGAAGCUUAUUAAAGAACUAGUUCGAGCUUUGGCAGAUGAACUCGAAGUAUCGGGUCCAUUCAACCUACAACUUCUUGCUAAAGACAAUCGUCUUCUAAUCAUAGAAGCUAACUUAAGAGUCUCCCGUUCUUUUCCAUUUGUAUCUAAAACACUAAAGUAUGAUUUCAUAGCAGCUGCUACACGAGCCAUUCUUGGUGCGGCACGUGAUUCCAUACAUCCCCCAUUUGAUACACAUGGUUCAAAGCUGGAAAGAUUGUCUCUAUCCAAGUCCUUUCUUGAACCAUCUGUCAACGUUUUGGAGAACACUGUAGGAUAUGUUGGUGUAAAGGUUCCGGUAUUCUCUUUCGCACGCCUUUUGGGUGCUGAUGUUUUGUUGGGUGUCGAAAUGGUCAGUACUGGUGAAGUAGCAUGUUUUGGUGUUGAUCGCUAUGAAGCCUAUCUGUUAGCACAAGCUGCUGCACUAUGUAAUACCAAUGGACUCCUUCCUAAACCAGGUGAUAAUGUAUUCUUAUCUAUAGGAAGUUAUCGUCAUAAAUUGGAAAUGCUUCCAAGUGUUAAACAGUUACACCUACUUGGAUACAAAUUAUACGGAAGCUGUGGAACUGCUGACUUCUAUCAAACUCAAGGCAUUUCGAUCAUCCCAGUUGAAUGGCCUUACGAAGAAUCAGAUAUAAGCAUUUUUGAUAAUAAAAUCCAAAAUAAUAUGGAUGCAAACUCAAAAGACGUGGGAUCUCGACGUCUUUCAGCAUUUGUUACACGUGGCUAUCAAACUAGACGUCUUGCCGUUGACACAAAUGUACCUCUUCUAACUGAUGUAAAACUGGCUAAACUUCUAAUCGAAGCUCUUUAUCGUUAUUUUCAUGGACAGAAUGCAAAUAAAACAGUAAUAAAAUCUGAAGACAAUGAAUAUAACGUAUAUAAACAAUCAUUCCUUCAUCGUUUACUUCCAUUGCAUUCAAUAACUUCUAGUCAAAUAAUCUAUUUGCCAGGAUUGAUCGAUAUUCACGUCCACACCAGGGAUCCCGGAAUGGAAUAUAAGGAGGACUGGACAUCUGUUACUAAAGCUGCGCUUGCGGGUGGUAUAGUAACUAUCUUAGCAAUGCCAAACACUGAUCCUGCAAUAGUUGAUGAAGAUACCUUUAACAUUAUGAGCAGAAAUGCAACAUCUAAAGCGUGUUGUGAUUAUGGUCUUUAUGUUGGCGCAUCAUCGGAAAAUGCUUCCACUAUUAGCUCACUGUCACACAAAGCUGUUGGACUCAAGAUGUAUCUUAAUGAAACAUUUACUUGCUUAUCGUUAGGCAAUAAGCUUAAUAUUUGGCGUCAACAUUUUGAAAACUGGCCAAGUGAUCGUCCAAUUUGUUGCCAUGCUGAAGGUGAAACCAUUGCCGCUGUAAUUCUUUUAGCAGAAAUCACUGGACGCAGUGUACAUAUUUGUCAUGUUGCACGUAGAGCUGAAAUCGAAUUAAUUCGUGAUGCUAAACAACGUGGUCUAAAAGUCACAUGUGAAGUUUGUCCACAUCAUUUAUUCUUAACUGCAGAUGACUUACCUCAAGAAGGUGGUUGGAAUGAAGUCCGCCCAAGACUGGGUACAGCAGAUGAUAUAAACGCUCUUUGGGCUAACAUUAACACAAUCGAUUGUUUCGCAACUGAUCAUGCACCACACACUAUUUCUGAAAAGAGUAAAGUGUCAGGGGCACCUCCUGGAUUUCCAGGUUUGGAAACAAUGUUGUCGUUGUUACUGACAGCUAUGUAUAAUGGUCGGCUUACGCUUACUGAAUUGAUUGAACGCCUGUAUAUAAAUCCAUGCAAAAUAUUUGGAAUACCGACUGCUCACACUUUAUAUGAAGCUGUAAACUCAGUUAGUCGGGGGAUAUAUGGCGAAACAUGGGUUGAAGUGGAUAUGAGUGCUGAAUGGCGUAUCCCUGGGGCUCCAUGGGAAACCAAAUCAGAAUCUGCACCUUCAUUCUUUACUCGUGCUAAUUGGAGCCCUUUCGCUGGAAGAGUUGUUCGUGGUCAAGUUCGUCGGGUCAUGCUCCGAGGUCACCUAGCGUUUGUCGAUGGACGUGUUUUGGUAGAACCUGGUUUCGGUAAAGAUGUGUCGUCAGACACAUCCUUGUCUAAGAAUUCUUACGACCCACUAACAAUUGACACUUCUUUGAAACAUAUUCCUGUCUCAGCUGGUUCUCCUACUCUAAGAAACCGGUAUAAUUCAAUUAAUGAACGUGUUCAGGUAUCUCAAGAUGAACCUGCUACACCGAUCCCAGCUACCACUCAAAGCGAUGAGGGACCUCGUAGUCCAAUUGUUGCAUACCAACCUUCUGCAUCUGGUCUGAUUCCAACUGCCCAACUACCUCAAACUCACCAAACCCUUCCAAGUAUGUGGUUAGAAGGUUUAUCAGGGAAGCAUAUACUUUCUUCUCUGGAUUUCUCGAGAGAUCAUCUUCGUCGGUUGUAUAACUUAGCACAUAGUUUUAGAGUUGCUCUAAAUAAAAACAAACCUUUAGAUCAGAUAUGCCGUGGAAAAGUAAUGGGAAAUCUGUUUUUUGAGCCAAGUACGCGUACUUCUAAUUCAUUUGCUAUAGCAAUGCAACGACUGGGUGGCACUGUAAUGCAUUUUUCAGAAUCUACCAGCUCCCAACAAAAGGUGAAACUGCAUCCUGGAAAAGGUGCUAUACACGAUUUAGCAAAUUCAAUAGUACACAAACCAAUUAUAAAUGCAGGUGAUGGAAUAGGCGAGCAUCCUACUCAGGCACUCCUCGAUGUUUUCACAAUUAGAGAGGAGAUCGGGACAGUGAAUGGUUUAACUAUCACUAUGGUCGGAGAUCUCGCUAAUGGACGCACAGUACAUAGUUUGGCUCGAUUAUUAUGCUUAUAUAAAGUCAAACUACGUUAUGUUACUCACAGAGAUGAAUUUAAGAUGCCACCAGAAGUUAAAUCGUAUGUUGCUGAUCGUGGUAUUCCACAAGAAGAGAUGACUAGCUUGGAGGAGGCACUUCCCGAUACCGAUGUUCUCUACAUGACACGUGUGCAAACAGAAAGAAUGAGUGAUGACAGAGAUGCUCGGCGUGACCAAUUCAUUGUUACACCUGAACUGAUGACACUAGCCAAGCCUAGAGGAAUGAUUGUAAUGCACCCACUACCUCGUGUUGGAGAAAUCAGCCCCAAAUUCGAUUCCGACCCUCGAGCAGCUUACUUCCGCCAAGCGGAGUAUGGAACACAUGUUCGCAUGGCCCUCCUGGCUAUAGUGCUGGCUAAUCAGAAAUGA